CUGUCUCCUGAACGUGGGCAGCGUCCCGGGGUUUGGAGCAGCGAGCGUGCGCCUGGGCUCCGGCCAGGCGAGGGGGAGGGCCCACGGGGUUUCGCUUACAGUUUGCACUUAAAGGUGUGCUGGGGUCGGGAGCGGUUUUUCCGGUGUUUGGCAACGGCCCCAGCCACCGCCCGGCUGCCGUUGGCCGGUAGCUACCCCCGCGAUUCGUCCUCCCCGGGCGCCGCGCCCUGAGUAGCUCCGCACCCAGGGCUUCACCUCUGGCCUCCUUUCGCUUCCCGGCGCCAGGCCUUUUCCCUUGACCCUUUAAAAGAACCUUCGGCGUCGCUCCCCACAGCAGGCGUUUUUGCUUGCCCCUCCAUCCCUCUCCAUUACCUUCAAAGAAGGGGUGACCCCCCCCCCCCCAGCCCACCACCACCAGCGACUCCCUCACUGCCCUCCGCGCCUUUCACCCCUCACCCUUUCCCCGUCCGGCCUGGGCUACCCUUCAGGUGGCAACCGCCUCUUCCCCGCCCCUCACGUCUCCCCCUCCUUCUUUCUCGCCCUCUCCUCUCCAUUCAUCCAGCCAUUGUCUCCCGCCCCCUCCUCCCCUUACCCCAGGCGGCCUCCUCCCCCACCGCUGCCACGUCGUGGUUUGAAGGAGCCAAUGGGCCGGCGCCGCCAGGUGUCUCUUACCUGCACCACGUGGGGGAGGGGGAAGGGGCGGGCAGGUAGAGCCACAUCCCAAAACAGAAAAGCUUUCAGCCAUUGCGCGCUCCACCCGGGGUGCAGCCCUGCUCCUGGCUUUUUGCAUAGACGCACCGGCCAUUGAAUACAAAAAGGGCAGGCCUCCGGCGCCCUCCUUCCCACCCCCCCUUGCAGCCCAGGGUGGGGAGCACCGGCCAGGUGUGGGCUUGGGUGGUAGGUUGCCGCCUUUUGCAGCAGCCGCGGCGAGGAGGGGGGGUGGUGGGCACCCUUUCUUUUUCUCUUAGAAGAGAUUUUUAGCACAGGUUUUCUCGUUCUCACUUCCACCCCACUUCACCGCCUCCCAACCCCCCUCUCCCCCUCCCCACCUUUCGUCAUGACGGCAUCUCCGGAUUACUUGGUGGUGCUUUUUGGGAUCACUGCUGGGGCCACCGGGGCCAAGCUGGGCUCGGAUGAGAAGGAGCUGAUCCUGCUGUUGUGGAAAGUCGUGGAUCUGGCCAACAAGAAGGUGGGACAGUUGCAUGAAGUACUAGUUAGACCGGAUCAGUUGGAGCUGACGGAGGAUUGUAAAGAAGAAACUAAGAUCGACGCGGAAAGUCUGUCCUCCGCUCCGCAGCUGGACCAAGCCCUCCGACAGUUUAACCAGUCAGUAAGCAAUGAACUGAAUAUUGGGGUUGGAACCUCCUUCUGUCUCUGUACUGAUGGGCAGCUGCAUGUCAGGCAAAUCCUGCAUCCUGAGGCUUCCAAGAAGAAUGUAUUAUUGCCUGAAUGCUUCUAUUCCUUUUUUGACCUUCGAAAAGAAUUCAAGAAGUGUUGUCCUGGUUCACCUGAUAUUGAUAAACUGGAUGUUGCAGCAAUGACAGAAUGCUUAAACUUUGAGAAGACUGGUUCAGUCUCCCGGUAUGGAGCCUCUCAAGUUGAAGAUAUGGGGAAUAUAAUUCUAGCAAUGAUUUCUGAGCCUUAUAAUCACAGGUUUUCAGAUCCAGAGAGAGUAAAUUACAAAUUUGAAAGUGGCACUUGCAGCAAGAUGGAGCUUAUUGAUGACAACACCAUAGUCCGUGCGCGGGGUUUACCGUGGCAGUCUUCAGAUCAAGAUAUUGCAAGAUUCUUCAAAGGACUCAACAUUGCCAAGGGAGGUGCAGCACUUUGUCUGAAUGCCCAGGGUCGAAGGAAUGGAGAAGCUCUGGUUAGGUUUGUAAGCGAGGAACACAGGGAUCUAGCAUUACAGAGGCACAAACAUCACAUGGGGACCCGGUACAUAGAGGUUUACAAAGCAACAGGUGAAGAUUUUCUUAAAAUUGCUGGUGGUACAUCCAAUGAGGUAGCCCAAUUUCUCUCCAAGGAAAAUCAAGUCAUUGUCCGCAUGCGGGGGCUCCCUUUCACAGCCACAGCAGAUGAAGUGGUGGCCUUCUUUGGACAGCAUUGCCCCAUCACUGGGGGGAAGGAAGGCAUCCUCUUUGUUACCUACCCAGAUGGUAGGCCAACAGGGGAUGCUUUUGUCCUCUUUGCCUGUGAAGAAUAUGCACAGAAUGCAUUGAGGAAGCAUAAAGACUUGUUGGGUAAAAGAUACAUUGAACUCUUCAGGAGCACAGCAGCUGAAGUACAGCAGGUGCUGAAUCGGUUCUCCUCGGCCCCUCUUAUUCCACUUCCAACCCCUCCCAUGAUUCCAGUACUACCUCAGCAAUUUGUGCCCCCUACAAAUGUUAGAGACUGUAUACGCCUUCGAGGUCUUCCCUAUGCGGCCACAAUUGAGGACAUCCUGGACUUUCUGGGGGAGUUUUCCACAGAUAUUCGAACUCAUGGGGUUCACAUGGUAUUGAAUCACCAGGGCCGCCCAUCAGGAGAUGCCUUUAUCCAGAUGAAGUCUGCGGACAGAGCAUUUAUGGCUGCACAGAAGUGUCAUAAAAAAACCAUGAAGGACAGAUAUGUUGAAGUCUUUCAGUGUUCAGCUGAGGAGAUGAACUUUGUGUUAAUGGGGGGCACUUUAAAUCGAAAUGGCUUAUCCCCACCGCCAUGUAAGUUACCAUGCCUGUCUCCUCCCUCCUACACAUUUCCAGCUCCUGCAGCAGUAAUUCCUACCGAAGCUGCCAUAUAUCAGCCCUCUGUGCUUUUGAAUCCACGAGCACUGCAGCCCACCACAGCCUACUACCCAGCGGGCACUCAGCUCUUCAUGAACUACACUGCCUACUAUCCCAGCCCCCCAGGUUCGCCCAAUAGUCUUGGCUACUUCCCUACAGCUGCUAAUCUUAGCGGUGUCCCUCCACAGCCUGGCACGGUGGUCAGAAUGCAGGGCCUGGCCUACAAUACUGGAGUUAAGGAAAUUCUUAACUUCUUCCAAGGUUACCAGUAUGCAGCCGAUGAUGGACUUGUACACACAAAUGACCAGGCCAGGACUCUACCCAAAGAAUGGGUUUGUAUUUAAGGGCCCCAGCAGUUAGACCAUCCUCAGAAAAGAAGUGUUUAAAAGAUGUAUGGUGAUCCUGAAGCCGUCAGAUAAUGACAACUUCUAGCAACUUCAGGGGAAGUUUGUCUACGCUCAGGCUGCAGUAUUUUCAGCAAACAUGAUUGGACGGUGGGCUUUUGCCCAAUCUUUUGGUAGAAUAAAAAAAAACUUGAGCCAGUGAAGCCAAAUCCUUAUAGCAAGCAGCACGCCUGGCUCCUUGCUGAUUGCAAAUAGGCAUUUAAAAUGUGAAUUUGAAAUCAGGUGACUCCAUUACUUCCAGCUAAUGUGGCAUCGUAGGUGUUUCCUAAGUUUAAGUCUUGGACAAAAAAUACUAGUGUCUACCAUCUCCAUCAGGAACCGUGUCGUGGAAGCUGUUUCUAUUUUUCAUUCUCUUUCUCCAUGUCUUCUGCACAAGCGUGCCCUCUUACUAAUUCAAGAAUAAGGUCUUGGAAUCCUUAAGUCUUACAGUUAAACCACGCAACUGCCUUUUUAAACACCUUGGGAUAAAUCAGAAGACCUCUGGCACCCACCACCAAACACUCCUAGCUUCAAAGUUUCCUUUUUUUCUCAGCAGGUACCAGUUGUAAAUAAGAAUGAACUAGGGGCCAAAAUGCGAAACCAAAAAUGAAGCAGCUAUCUGUAGUUAGUAAUUUCUAGUUUAAACUGUAACUGAACAUUGUGGCUUCAUAUGUAUUAUUUUAUAUUGUACUUUGCCCAUUACUGAUGGUUUGGACUUUAAUAAGAGAAAUUCCAUAGUUUUUAAUAUCGUAAAAUGAGAAUAUUUGAACAGUGUAUUCUAGAAAGCAAUAUACUAACUGAAGUGAAUGCUUGUAUAUAUUAAGAUAGAGCCUUAAAACUUUCUCUCUAAUGCCUUAACUCAAAUAAUUAAAACUUUUUAAAAGCCUAGGAUUAUAGUCAGCAUGUUGGACUGAGAGGUAAACACUGAAGCCCACUAGAGCAGGUACUGAUGCUGUCAGUGUUUAGCACUGUGUGUUUAGCUGUGUUUAUGCUAAAAAGUGCAAUAUUAGACACUAGCUAGCUAGUACUGCUGCCUUGUGCAACUCCAAAGAGGAAAACAGGAUUUGAUUAAGUGCUCAUGUGUCUUUAAGUUACUCCUAUUGUCCUUAGUUCGGAUGCAAUGCCCUGCAGGCUUCUGUGGCUGCUAUUUUUAUUUCCUUUGCAUUAUUUUUGAUUAACACCUUGAAUGGAGAGCCAAACAUUCCCUCUUCACCUGACCAGCAAUGGCCCUCUAACUGCAAUAGGAAAAAAACAAAACAAAACAAAAAACAACAUUUGGUCUGAAAAUUGGUGACAACUGGCACUUAAGAUCAGAAGAAGAGUUGUUUAUACUUGAUGCCUUAAGAUGCUGUCAGCCCAAAGCUCUGAGAGACUUUAAGAUAGAAAGUAAUACUUAACCACGGUACUGGAGUUUUCGUAGAAUUGUUACAUUUGAUAAUAAAACCCGCCUGUUUAAUCUCAAA